AUCUUUCUUUUCAUUUCAGAAGGACACAGGCAUGCUCCGAUUUCUCUACGUCGCCGCCCGCGCCGCCCCCCGUGCACUACAAGUCACCCACGUGAGCUCCAUGGGGAAGGGCAUCACUGGGGCCCCAGUUUGCGUUCUAGCCAUACUGGACCAGCAUAAGGCCUUUCUCCGCAGCGUGGACGACGUUGUGUACACCUUUCACAGCCCUCUCGUCGAGGGAUCUUUGGGCCAACACACGCGGCACUCGCUGGACCAUUUACGGAAGCCACUCGAGCUCCUGGCCGCCCAACAGCAGGGGAGCGAUUCUAAUAUGGUGCGUUAUGAUAUCCGUGACCGCCACACACCCGUGGAGAAGGACCGCCAUGCGGCUAUCAAGCAGAUUGAGCAACUGGAGAAGACGCUUCGCACCCUACCACAGAAGGACUUGGCGCGGCCAGUUCAUGCUGCCUUCAUGCUGUCCGCGGACGGCCGCGAGCUCGACUUCCAGUCCACAUUCGGUCGAGAACUGGCCUUUGCAGUGCACCACUGUAUCCACCACAACGCUCUAUCCAAGGUGCUGCUACGCCAUCACUUCCCGGAGUUAAGUGUUCCGGACAGAUUCGGCAUGGCACCGUCCACGGCAAACUUUAACUUAAUACAUUCUCACGAAUAA